UUUUAUAAAAAUAAAAAAUGUAAACAAUUUCGAAUAAAAAAACUAUUAUUUCUAAAUACAAAAAUUGACGAUAUCGCUGCAAACAUUUCCAAAGAACAGUUUACCUCAAAACAAAAAGAAAUAAAAAUAAAAUGAUUUAGCGCUUGCUAAAGGGAUAUUUAGCUGAGUUUUAUUCAACCCACCCCGCCCCUCGCCCCUUUGCAAAUAGGAUCCUAAAAGAAAAGGCAUCAAAAUUUUACCCUCAUUCGCGCAACUCAAAAUGCUGAACAUGGAAUCGCCUCAGAUGUACGCGGAUGCGGUGCAAACGUUGGCGCAGCUCGACUUGAAGAAGCAGCCGCAGCCGCUGCCGCAGCAGGCGACAAUCGGUCAAAUCACACUGACGGCGAUGUCCAGUGCACAGCAGCAACAGCAGCAACAGCAACAACAGCAGCAGCAGCAGCAACAACAGCAACAGCAGCAGCAACAGGUGACAACUGAUGCCAACAACAAUGCAACAAUUCAGGAUGCGGCCUUGCUGGUCAAGCAGCAUGCCAUGCAGCAAAUGCAUCUAACCAACAACAACAACAACAACAAUUUGUUGCAGAAACAAAUGCUGCAGCAAUACAGCACACAAACAGAUCUGGACGAGCUGACCACACAGGAGAUAACGUUGGACUUGCAACAUCUGAUCGAUGAUCAGUUUCGGGAUACGGAAACUCUGGGCAUAUUCAGCGAUAUGGUGACAAGUCCGGGUGGACUGUCUGCAACGCUGCCACCGAGUGGCAUGGUCAGUGCAGCAGCUAAGGUGCUGCAGCAGCAACAGCAGACGCUGGCUAAUGCGAGGCAGCAACAGCACUCCUAUGGCAGGGCGGCGCUGGCGUAUAUGCCACAGGCGGUACACUCGAAUGCCACGUACAACAAUCACUCGAGCGACGAGAACAGUUCCGUUGGCAGCGACUCGAGCAGCACGAUCAAGGAGGAGCCUAUCGAUCCGGAGUAUCGUAGGCACUUGCAGGAAUCGGUCAGCAACCAGGCAGCAGCGGCUUUCAUUAACAACAGCAAUGGCCUCUAUAAUGCGUAUCAGAGCAACGCACUAAGUGGCAGCAACAACAACAACAGUAGCAGCAACAAUAGCAGUAACAGCAGCAACAACAGCAAUAACAACAGCUCAACGAACUCGACGCAAUUCACCAAUCUGACCACGGCGAAUGUCCUGGCACAUCACAAUCUGCCGCAUCUGGCGGCCAACGCACAGCAACUGCUUAAGCAUCACACAAAGCUGCAACAGUCGCAGCAGCACCACGCCCAGCAGCAGCAGCACGCUCAGCAGCAGCAUCGCAAGCACAGCAACAAGCAUGUGGACAAGGGCACCGAGGAGUAUCGACGAAGACGCGAACGCAACAAUAUUGCCGUACGCAAGAGCCGCGAGAAGGCAAAGGUGCGCUCCAAAGAGGUGGAGGAGCGCGUCAAGUCGCUGCUCAAGGAGAAGGAUGCGUUACUGCGUCAGCUGAGCGAGAUGACCAAUGAGCUUUCACUCCACAAGCAGAUUUACAUGCAGCUUAUGAAUCACACGAACCCCGAAGUGAGUCGCGUCUGCCGCAGCUUUCUCAAUACGAACGAACAUGCGCUGUAGCUGUAGCAGUCGCUGUAGCUGUGAUGAACAAACUGAACGAACGAAUGAACGAACGAAAGAGGGAGAGAAGGAGAGGAGAGCGCGAGAGCGACUGUGAACAGAGCCUGUAAAUUAGUGUGAAUGGGAAUGUGCGUGUGUGUGUGUGACUCAAAUAAAGCUGUGUGGGUAGCGUAUAAGCUUAAGGAUGUUAGGGCUGCACAUACAAAAAAACCAACAGCAACAAGCCAAGCAUGACUUGCAUUGUAUCCAAUCAAAGAAUUGUAUGUAGGCCACAAAGGCACGAGUUGUUUCGCUUUUGCCCAUAUCUUUUACCUGACUCGUAUAAGUUUUAAUUUGUUAACUUUUCUACUCGUCUAUUACAACUGCUACUACUUCUAUUUAAACUUCUACUACU